AUGCAGUGCCCGCAAAGUCCCCCAGCCGCUCAGUGGAAUAAAAUUCGUAAAUGUCAGCUAAUAUGUAUCAUAAAAUAUGUUUCCCCUGAUCUCGAUGCUCUUCUGUAUUCAACAGAGUUCUGGAGUUCCCACUUAAAUGUCCGGGGUCCUCGCAAUGAACCUCCUGCCACUGACAAACUCUUGCCUCCAAGUUCAAGCCCACAAAACUGCCCAUCAACGCCCAUCAAUCCAAACCCCACCCCGUUCCAGGAGCUUUGUCCAAUCCAGACACGGAGUCCCUGCGAGCUAGAUUACAGGGGAGGCAAAGGUUUAUGUUUUGUCAACCCUCUUUUCCUACAAGACUACCCAGGUCGCAACGCCAUGCGCAGGCGUCAUCAUUUCAAAACCAGCGUCAAGGUUCGUGUCUCCACUGAAAAUUCCAGCCCCUUGUCGCCCCCUGUCCUCCCACCACCUCCACCGCCGUUACUGGCUAAAGCCAAAUGCAAAGCCAGAUUGAAAGCUGCAAAGCAGAUGACCCCACCUGUUGCAGUUCAGGCCAGUGAGGAAGCUAUCAAAAAGACUGUGGAGGAAGCCACGGACUACAUGCAACCUUGUGAAUCAUCACAGAAGAAAGCCAAGGUCACCUCUACUCUUUCUCCCACCGCUGAAGAAGAUGACUAUCAGAUGCCUAAAGCUCAGAAGGCCCAGCCAAAAAUCCUGGAGCAGAAAGGACAGGAAGAAGAUGAGGAGGAAGAGGAUGAAGGACUUGUGCUGGAACAGCGACAUGCUCCGUCUCUCAGUGAGCUGGACAGCAGCAGUUCCCUCAGCAGCCUGGACGAGACGGAGAGUCCCGAAUGUCCUCCCCUUGUAGGAGGCACUAGCAACCCUGUCAUGCAACCUCCCAGGAAGUCCAUGUCUGCUCUGCGCAAAAUGAGCGCCGCCUUCAUAUCCUUUUUCGCCCCAGAGAAGCGAGUGGCGCGGAUGGUGGAGGACCUGUCUCGUGACCGUCGCAUGGCAUUUGGCGCUCUGGUACAGGACUUCCUGAGGCAGCAGAGAGACGCGCUGAAGCCCCAUUGCUUGACCUCUGCUGUACAGCUGCUGCAGGAUUUGCGUCUCUUCAUCAAUCAGGCCAAAGAUUUCCUCCUGGAAUGUGACGAGCUGGAACCUCCAAUAGAAACUCUUUUGACUGAGAAUGAAAAAGACCAAGCACUGGAGAAGGCCAUGUUCCGCUGUGUGCUGAAACCUCUGAAGCCUCAGAUUGAUGCGGCUCUUCGGACCCUGCACAAACAAGAUGGUUCCUUCCAAAGAAUGAUGGACAGCUUGCAAAGGGCCAAAGGAGCCUCACCACAGAAGCUCUUUGGGGUUCAGGUGGGCGUUCCUGACGCCCAGGGCAUUGAGAAAAUUAAGCAUAAGCUGACUCUAAUGCAGCGGGCGUACUCGCCCAUUGACAAAGUGCUGCUGCUCUUGCAGAUCUGCAAACUCAUUUACAAAACCAUGAAAAACAAAUCAGGGCAGGAAUUUGGUGCAGAUGACUUCCUCCCUGCUCUCUCAUAUGUGAUGGUGCUGUGCAAUAUGCCAGAGAUCUCUCUGGAGGUGGAGUAUAUGAUGGAGCUUUUGGAAAGCUCUUGGCUUACAGGAGAAGGGGGUUACUAUCUGACAAGUGUCUAUGCCAGUCUGAGUCUGAUUCAGAGUCAGCCGGAGGAUGUGCCACUCAACGGCCUUACAAACCAGGCCAGAGUCUCUCUGAAAGAAUGGAGCCGGCGUCGGAGCAACGAAACCACAAGUCAGAAAGACAACAAAUUGCACCAGAGGUUUAUAAAGGUGCUGUUUCAAGAUGGCGACAGUAGCUUGGUAAAAACUCUCAUGUGGAAGACUGCGCUCAACGGUGAGGCUAUGGCUCAGCUCUGUGCUGUGAAGUUUGGAGUGGACCAGCCGGAGGAUUACAGCCUGUACUGGAGGAGAGACAGGGUGUUAACGCCUCUCCCGCCUAAUGCCCAGAUUCAAGACCUGCAGAGCAUGGGCAUGAGUGGGGUUCCUUUUAUUUAUCAGGCAUCCAGUCAGGAUGAAAGGUCCCAGAAGCUGAACAGAGGGAGCGCAGUGGAUCUAACAGAGGCGGCUUCAUAAUAUGGGACUUUUUCAGAUGUCACACAUCUGUAGGUCAAAGCAAUUCUGCAUUUUAUGCAGCAUGCCUGAUUUGUCAAAGAAAGGCUGAUGAAAUAAUAAUAAUAUCCUCGUAAUGGAGCUCAGUAACCAUUUGAGGUGUUUUCCACUGAAUCUAUUUAAUGUUGACUGUAAGACUAGAUUACACCUUUUGGCAUCCAUGGAACCUUUCCAUUACACAAUACGUUCUUCAUAGUAAAAAUGAUCUUUAGUUUAUGAAAAUGUUCUUCACACAUUAAGAAAAAACUAGUUUUUUUUCUUUGGGGAACCAAGGAUUCUUC